UGCAGUGUGAGCCGAGCAUCUGGCGGAGUGCUGGCCGGCUGGCGUGGUGGAGGACGGGGAGAGAAGAAGAAGGAGGAUCCGGGAGCAAGCGACAACAAAAAGGGUCUGGCCUGGGACUUGGCAAAACGGGAUCAUCGAAGGUUCAUUUAAGGAUCGUCAUUUUUUUGUUCCUUUGAUUUUAUUUCUCAUAUUUUGAAGCUUCUUCUGUUUUCCAUUGAGAAUAUCAUCCGUACGAUUUGCACUCUUGGCGAUGCCGUCCAACACUGUUGCCACCAACAACAGCGCUGCAUUCCAAAGCUUAGACUACACCUGUGAUGCAUCUGGGAACAGAAUGAGGGAGAGCACGAUACUGGACAAAGAGCUGGCACCAGAAGAGAAAUCCUCUAAAAGCAACACCAGCUGUAAAGAGGGCCGGCCUGCUGGGAGAAAACACAAGCAGAUCACUGCGGAGGGCAGUGUGUCUGUGAAGGACAGUGUGCCCGGAGGCGGGGGCAACAGUCUCACCGGGGUGGCAGCGGAAAGAGAGAGAGUGUCUGUGUCGCAGGUGCAGAAUGGAGUCAUGAGCGGCGGGCACACAGACAGAGACAGGACCCAGGCUGAUGCCAGCAGCGGGCACACAGACAGAGACAGAACCCAGGCUGAUGCCAGCGGCGGAAACACAGACAGAGACAGGACCCAGGCUGAUGCCAGCGGCGGGCACACAGACAGAGACAGGACCCAGGCUGAUGCCAGCGGCGGAAACACAGACAGAGACAGGACCCAGGCUGAUGCCAGCAGCGGGCACACAGACAGAGACAGGACCCAGGCUGAUGCCAGCGGCGGGCACACAGACAGAGACAGGACCCAGGCUGAUGCCAGCGGCGGGAACACAGACAGAAACAGGACCCAGGCUGAUGCCAGCAGCUGCCCCAAGCAAGAGAGGAAAGGUCCAGAGAAGAACGGGUUACCAGGUAUCCCUGGUUCCCCCAGUGCCAGUCAGGCUGAAGACGGCCCCCCGGGACCACCCACCCUCCUGCAUCAGAGCCGGAGCCCCCCCUCCCUCGAGAACAGGUUUCUAGUGAGCCGGGAGCCGAGCCGGGAGCCGAGCCGGGACGAGCAGGACGACUCUGAGAAAGACAAAGAGGAGACUCUGACAACUCCGCCACGCAAGAAACGAGGCAGGCGGAAACUGGAGCGCCCAACAAAAUAUGUGGAGCAGAAGGAGGACGGAGGUGAUACAGCCAAGAACCAGGGAGUUGGAGGCCCUGGAACAGGCAGGCUGCGUGGCUCCGUCAGUCUUCGUCAGAGGCCCAUGCCCAGAGUAACCUUCCAGGCCGGUGACCCAUAUUACAUUAGCAAGAGGACCAGGGAGGAGUGGCUGGCCAAGUGGAAGAUGGAGGCAGAGAAAAAAGCCCAACUGGUGUCAGUGUUGAACUUAAUGGAGGACCAUGAGGAGAUGGAGCCUGAGCCACAACAGAAAGAAGAGGUGUCAGUCAUCACACCCCACCAGCAACAACAACAACAACAACAACAACAACAGCAGCCCACGGACCCAGCGUCCCCGACUGUGGCCACCACACCUGAACCUGUCCCCAUGGCAGGAGGGGACAAGACAUCCCCCAAGCCUGCCGAUACUGAGCCGGAGUACGAGGACGGGCGGGAUUUCGGCAUUGGGGAGCUGGUGUGGGGGAAGCUGAGGGGGUUUUCCUGGUGGCCUGGUCGUAUUGUCUCCUGGUGGAUUACCGGACGCAGCCGAGCUGCCGAGGGGACACGAUGGGUCAUGUGGUUCGGUGACGGAAAAUUCUCAGUGGUGUGUGUAGAGAAACUGUUGCCUUUCAGUUCCUUCUCCAACGCCUUCCAUCAGCCCACCUUCAUCAAGCAGCCCAUGUAUAAGAAAGCCAUCUACGAGGUGCUACAGGUGGCUAGCACCCGAGCAGGCAAAACCUUCCUUGCCUGUCCAGGGAGCGAUGAGACAGACACCUCCAAGUCAGUGGAUCUACACAACAACCAAAUGAUAGAUUGGGCUGUGACAGGCUUCCAACCCACCGGGCCCAAGGGCCUAGAGCCACCAGAAGAGGAGCGUAACCCAUAUAAGGAGGUGUACCCUGACGUCUGGGUGGAGCCAGAGGCGGCAGCCUACACGCCCCCUCCAGCCAAAAAGCCUCGCAAAAGCACAGCAGCCGAGAAACCCAAGGUCAAGGAGAUGAUUGACGAGGGGACGAGAGAGAGACUCGUGUAUGAAGUGAGACAGAAGUGCAGAAGCAUAGAGGACAUCUGCAUCUCCUGUGGAAGUUUGAAUGUUUCCCGUGAACACCCUCUGUUUGCUGGAGGAAUGUGCCAGAGCUGUAAGAACUGCUUUCUAGAAUGUGCAUAUCAGUAUGAUGACGAUGGUUACCAGUCAUACUGCACCAUCUGCUGUGGGGGACGAGAGGUUCUCAUGUGUGGGAACAACAACUGCUGCAGGUGUUUCUGUGUGGAGUGUGUUGACCUACUGGUGGGGCCAGGCGCAGCACAGAUAGCUAUAAAAGAGGAUCCCUGGUGCUGCUACAUGUGUGAGAAGAGCCAGAAGGGAGUGUUCGGCCUGCUGGAGCGUCACACUGAUUGGCCCUGCCGUCUACAGCACUUCUUCGCUAACAAUCACGACCAAGAUUUUGAACAACCAAAGCUUUACCCUCCAGUCAUGGCAGAGAAGAGACAACCUAUUCGUGUCCUGUCACUGUUCGACGGCAUAGCAACAGGUCUGCUGGUGCUAAAGGAGCUGGGUAUCCAGGUGGAGCGCUACGUGGCAUCGGAGGUGUGUGAGGACUCUAUCACGGUGGGCAUCGUCAGGCAUCAGGGACGCAUCAUGUACGUGGGCGACGUGAGGAACGUCACACGCAAACAUUUACACGAGUGGGGCCCCUUUGACUUAGUGAUUGGUGGAAGUCCGUGUAACGACCUCUCUAUUGUCAACCCAGCUAGGAAGGGUCUUUAUGAGGGCACUGGUCGGCUGUUCUUUGAGUUCUACCGCCUGCUGCACGAGGCUCGGCCCAAAGAGGGCGACAACCGGCCGUUCUUCUGGCUCUUUGAAAACGUGGUGGCCAUGGGCGUCAGUGACAAGAGGGACAUCUCUCGCUUUCUAGAGUGUAACCCGGUGAUGAUUGAUGCCAAGGAGGUGACUGCUGCCCACCGUGCCCGCUACUUCUGGGGCAACCUGCCUGGCAUGAACAGGUUGGUGAGAGAACGACCCUUGACGGCCAUGUUCACUGACAGACUAGACCUUCAGGACUGUUUGGAGCACGGCAGAACAGCGAAGUUUGGCAAAGUGAGGACCAUCACCACUCGCUCUAAUUCCAUUAAGCAGGGUAAAGACCAGCACUUCCCCGUCUUCAUGAACGAGAAGGAGGACAUUCUCUGGUGCACUGAGAUGGAGAGGGUGUUUGGCUUCCCAGUCCAUUACACAGACGUGUCCAACAUGAGUCGGCUGGCCAGGCAAAGGCUUCUGGGAAGGUCGUGGAGUGUACCGGUCAUCCGACACUUGUUUGCACCACUCAAAGAAUAUUUUGCCUGCGUUUAACAAGACUUGGCUCAACAAGACCACCUGCGUUUAACAAGACUUGGCUCAACAAGACCACCUGCGUUUAACAAGACUUGGCUCAACAAGACCACCUGCGUCUAACAAGAUUUUGGCUCAACAAGACCACCUGCGUUUAACAAGACUUGACUUAACUAGACCACCUGCGUUUAACAAGACUUGACUUAACUAGACCACCUGCGUUUAACAAGACUUGACUUAACUAGACCACCUGCGUUUAACAAGACUUGACUUAACUAGACCAUCACAAACAUAGAACUGAUGUUGUAACUAGAAGCAUUGGUGAAGUGAUACUACUCCCUGGCACCUGGUAUCAUUUCCCAGGCAAGCAAAACAUCAUGAAAGUAAAUAUUUCAAAUUAUUUCUUGUAAUUUGAAAUGUACUUCUUAUUCUAUUUAAUAUGUAUAUGUCAUUUUAUCCUUUAGGCAGUGUUAUCCAGUAUUUUUUUAAUUGAUUUAUUUGUGCAAGCUAUACUUGAGACAAUGCUUUCUUCUCAAGGCACUGAGAAAGAAGUAACUAGGAUCUGUGUGGUUUUUAGAAUAAGGACUAGGAUUGGAUGAUUGGAAAAGAUCUGAGAAAGAGUUGCUGAUACUGUAUGUACAGUAUGUAUGUGAAAGAUAUUGGCUGUGUAGGCAUGAUUUUCUAUUGGCCAAUAUCUGAAGUGGGUAAAGCAAGCCAGCGAUAGUAUAGUCAUGUUGAGUUUUGAUUCCUCCAGCUACUGAGCCUCGCAGAGCUAAAGUGAAUAAGGAUGAUUGUCUUCAGUGUCGCAGAAAGCUGUGUCUUAAUGAAUCCAAAACAUCAGAUCACAUAUACCUCUUUGUUUAAAGUUUAUAUACACAGUUAACUGAAGGUAAAGGUACUACUGUAAAAUGGUUACAAUACCAUGGUGCUUCACGACGAUAGGAAGCAUCACAGGUCAUGUGGCACAGGCACUACACUUUAGACAAGAUGGGAAUUUAAAAAAAACAUUUCCUAGAAAGUUUUUUUUUUUCAGUGUAAUGUUUUCACUAUUUAAAGAAGUUCUGUGUUAUUUUAGUAAAUUUAAAUGAUUUCAAAGUGGAGAUUAAAGGUGUGGUAACAGAAGACUGCAGAAUAAUAUGCCAUAUCCUCCUCUGUUCUGUUUUACAGCUUUAAUAAACAUCAAUUCUACUGGUGUUUUUAAAAAUAAUUCUUCAAGCCUUGCUACAUGUAAACUCAGGCCCCCCCAUGCAUGCCUAUGUCUGACUCUGCACAAACACAACAGGAAGCUAGCCACAUGGGCAGUGAUGCAUUCUGUCGUUACAACAACAACAAAAUACCUUAAGAUCAAAGUCUGUGGUGAACUACUUUUUUCUACUGUCAUUACUGUACAACUGUUAGUGAGCAUGGUGAUUGGACUGGAGGGAGGGCGGGUGGCCUGGGGUUUCCAUAAUAAAGUAAAGACUCUCUCCUUCCCUUUUUCACCCCUGCAAAACUACAUACUGUCAGGUGCAAAUCUUCUAACAAAAUGGUGCGGCUUCACAAUGUUCUUCUACCUUUUUAUAGCAAUUUUGUGCUGUUUUACCAACAUUAUAAAGCACUUUUUAUAUGUAUACUUUUUUUUCUUCAGUAUUUUAAAAUGUUUCUUCUUGGUUUUUCUUGUGAAAUGUUAUGUUUUUAUGAUGUGAACUGUUCUACAGCUGUGUAAUACAGUAUGUUUUCUAUACAGUAGGGCUGUGCCAAUAGAAGUGGAAGAAUGAACUCAUAGAAUUAUGUUAAAUCCAUGUAUCCAUGGAAAUGAUUGAUUAUUGAUCCUACUCAAUGUACAGUAGAUUCAUAGAAAAUGAUUGAUGUGCUCCAUUUUCAUAUUGUCUUCUGUUGAAAGCCGUAAUUCAGUAUGUCAUUCUCUGGAUAAAAAAAGAAUGUGUCUAUUUCUACUAACAUUGUAGAAUUUAAAACAGAGUUAAGGAACUAUGUUAUACCGUAUGUUUGUAACGUUACCUUCCCAAAUGAAUACCAGACCGCAGAUGCAAUGUCCUCUGCACUUUCCUCUUGUAGACCUCAAAUAAUUAGAAAAAGCGAGAGUGAUAGACAGAUUUCCAAACUUAUUACAGGCAUAAGCGUUUUUUUUUUUUUAGAAACUCAGUCGGGGUCUCAGAAUAGUACAAUAUACCAGGUGCAAAUUUUGAAAUUUGGUUGGGCAUCAUUCGGCAGUUUUUCUUUUGUUAUGUCAGUCACUGACAGUCACUCAAUUGGCCAUGUCAGCUAACAAUGUUUAGAUUGGUAGUUAGUCUAGCCUGCUAUCUAAACUUGUAGUAGUCAUGGCCAAAUACUGACCGGGCAAGCAGGGCACGUGCCUAGGGCCCUGACCUCAAGGGGGCCCCAUUUAUUUGGUUAAUUAUUCUCACUCUAAAUCAUGGCAGAAUGUGUAGAAUUACAGGAAAUUAGCUUUAAAACUCCAAAAAUGUCUCUACCCCAUGGCAAAAUGGAUAGAAUUGCAGGAAAUUAGCUGUAAAAAAUAAAUUCUCUGCCCCAUGGCAAAAUGAGUAGAAUUGCAGAAAACUUUAUUUAAAACUGCAACAUUUUCUCUACGCACCAUGGCAAAAUGUGUAGAAUUGCUGGGAAUUAAUUUUUAAACUUGUGGACGAUUUAGAAAUGAGUUUUUCAGAACUCAAAACUGAAGAGUGAAUGGUGACCAGAAAAAUACAAUAGCAGAGGUUAUGACUUACCAAUGUUCUAUCUAAAUAUUCAAAAUGACUUCAUUUCAUAAAUGUAGUUUCAUACAUGAUUAAGUUCUUAAGUGACCUUAUCGUAUCCUUUCCACCUUUUUAGUUGAACUUCGGACAUUGGGUUUGCAGGAAUCCUAAUGCCUUGUGUUGACAUUGAUGUUAAUUCCCUUUCCCUAUAGUAAAUGACCAUGCCCCUUGUACAGUUUGUACAUAGAGUUUUCCUGUCACUGUUUUUGGUUUGUUUUUAUCUUUUUGAAUUACCUAUGAGAUGUACAAAUAUAAUUCUUUGCUAAUAUAUAUCAUGGAAUUAGAAAAAAAAUUAGGUAAAAAAUUAAAUGAAAAAUAAAAUCAAGUAAAAUAGUAUUUUUUUUUAUAUCAAAAUAAGCUAUGAAGCAUUAGAGGGUAGACUCCAAGUUUUGCCUUCUAGUACUGUUCAUUUGUUUUAUUUGUUUUUUUGAUGUUCUGAGUGAGUCCUGAGUGAAUCCAGUUUAAAUGUGUCAAGUGAUCUUUAGCCUAAUAAUGACAGCUUUAAGAUGCAACAGUCUCUACUUCACUGCACAGCCCUACAUAAUGUUGGUUGGUUUUGCCUUUUGUUUCUUUUUAUAAGAACUAUAAAGAGGGAUUGUAGGUGUUUCUGAUGGUGCUAAACAUUUUAUCUAAUCAAGAAAAAAUAUAUUUGUUUUGGAAGAGAAAUAAAACUUGUCUUGACAAUGACUGUUUUUAACUUCCUUGUAGUAAUGAUGGAAAAGCACCAUUAUUUCACUCUCAUAGGAUGCAUAUAUUAACAAAUACAUUUGAACUUUUGACUUGAAAAAAUUAUAAAUGAUAAAUAAUAAUGAGUUUCCUAUAUUGUUUUAGACUAGAAAUUGCUGUAGUUGGUUGGUGCUUAUCUGUUGGAAAAACCAUUUACUCCAUAAUGGGAAAUAACAAAAAAAUAAAAGCAUUUCAGUAAUAAUGUUUACUGUAGCAUAAUAUAUGUGUAAAACCUGGCAUUCGCUUUGCUUCUUAAUCCUACCAUAAUAUGCCAUAAUAUUCUGUCCUCCAUGUCUUGUUUUUGAUGGUCAUUUUUGUUAUUAUUGGCAAAUAGUGUGUCCCAAAUGGCACCCUAUUCCCUAUAUAGUGCACUACACUACAUUGGACACUAGUCAAAAGUUGUGCUCUAUAUAGGGAAUAGGGUGCCAUUUAGGAUUCUUUCCCAUGACAUUUCACUGUUCCAAUGCAUCAGACAGGUCAGUCUGUGUGACUUUCUUUUUGUGUCAUAUUAAUUGUUUUAUGGCCUAUGUUCUUCGUCUUUAAGAUGAUCAGUGCAUACAGUAAAUGUAGCAGUCAUUCUCCACCCUUUACCCAUUACUUAUGUUUUAGUGCCCAGAAAUAAGAAAACGGCUCCUUAUGUAUUUGUGCUGGAGAACACUUGAAUAAAUGUAUUGUUUUUGUGCAAAAAUA